AUGGCAGAAGCAGUUUUUCAUCCCCCAAGAAGGAAAAGAAGAGUUUUUGAGUCCUAUGUGUCUCCUUUUCCUGUGGAUGUAGGUGGGAAGGAUUUCAGAAUAUGCCAGGCUGAAAUCCUUAACAACAACGUUCUUGUGAGGAACCCUGAAGAUAUUGAGCAGCUUUAUAACAAGGGCUAUUUUGGAAAAGGCAUCCUUUCCAGAAGUCGGCCAGUGUACAGCAUUUCAGAUCCUUCACUGGUUGCUAAGUGGCAAGGUGCUGACAUAAACAUGCCUAUAAUAUCAUCCAAAAAGUACCAGUAUCACGUCCAAUGGGCUAAAAGUAUUUUGCAGGAGCAAGGAUUUGAUGACUGCUCGGUUACCAAAAUUCUAGAAAACUACACUAAACCCCUGGAGCUGCCAGUUUUGGAAGAGGAAGGAGCUGAACAAACCAGUAAUAGUUGCAACAGAAUGAGCCAAAAUGCAGAAAAUACAGAACAGUCUUCUACAGAGACUGGAAACGGAGCAGCCCAAAGUCCUGAGAAUGAGGAGGAGGGCUAUCAGAAAGCCUGUUUGGAAGGAGAUUCAGUGGCCAAAAGUGGCUCUAAAGAAGAGGACCAGGGGGAGGCUGGUGAGAAGCAAGGCUUUCUGGUUCCUGGCAGCUGCAGGGCUGAAGGGGGCGCUGGGCAAAGAUCGUGUGACACCAUCAGGGCACAAGAGUGUGCUCCAGAAUACGUUUUGGUGCAAGAGGAGGAAGAAGGUGGCUUGUGUCCUGAAGAAGACUCUGCCCGUGGAGAAGAAAAUCUUGUCAAGAAGGAAAAACUAGUGUGUCGAAAAAAUCCAUUUAGGAUUUUUGAAUAUUUACAACUCAGCUUGGAAGAGGCUUUUUUCUUGGUGUAUGCUCUGGGUUGUUUAAGUAUUCAUUAUGGUGAGGAGCCCCUCACGAUUGUGAAGCUCUGGGAGUUUUUCAGUGAAGUGAAGCCCAACUUCAAGACCACUUACAUGGCCUAUCACCACUUCCGCAGCAAGGGCUGGGUGCCCAAGGUGGGGCUGAAGUAUGGAUCUGACCUCUUGCUGUAUCGAAAAGGCCCCCCCUUCUAUCAUGCAAGUUACUCUGUCCUUGCUGAAAUGGUUGAUGAUAAUUUUGAAGGUUCUCUUCGCAGACCACUCAACUGGAAGUCCUUGUCUGGCUUGAACAGAACAACUGCUAGUGCUUCUAAGGAACUUAUGUUUUGCUAUUUGAUUAGACCCUCUGACAUGACUGAAGAAGAGAUGUCAACACCAGAAUGCAUGAAAAGAAUUAAGGUUCAGGAACUGAUUGUGAGCCGUUGGGUUUCUUCCCGGGAGCGCAGUGACCAAGAUGACUUUUAA